AUGAAAUUUUCCACACUCGCUGCUUUUACCGGUUUUGCUUCUUUAAUACAAGCUGCUCCAGUUGUACCAGUCACUGAAGAGCUCCAAACUGUCCAAAAUGAUAUCAAACACUUGAACUCAGACUUCAACAAUUUGUUCAACUCACUCAACCUCAACUUGAAUGAGGCUGCUCAAAAGGAUCUCGCUCAAGGACAAGAGAGCGAUGAGUUGAUUGCUGAGCUUGGUAGAAGUUUGUUGCAAGCUCCCCACCACAAUGGUGAUAUCCUUUCUCUCUUGCACUCCGCUGUUAAAAGAGACGUCGAGGAUGUUGAUGUUACUGGUGUUGAUGCUUCAAAAAGAGGCGGAUUUGUUACUAUUCAAGAACACCAAAUUUCCAUUGAUGUAAUUGUUCAAGCUAUUGAAUACGUUGUCAUUUACAACCAUCCACUCCCAAACCCAGACCACUUUGAUGAAGUUUUGAAAAUCUUGGGUAUUGAUGCCGAACUUGCUGCUGAAAUCAACAUCACCUACACCACCGUUACCGUUGACUGUGUUGCCAUAUUAACUAAACUUAUCCAUUUUGGACAUGAUAUUGUUGACAUUGCUGAAAAAGUCAUCACUGUUACCAUUGCCGGUACCGUAAUUGAAAUUGAAAAGAUCUUCAAGGCUAUUGAAUGCAUUUGGGUUUUGGGACACGCACUUCCAAAUGCUAUUCACUUUGCUGAAAUUAUUGCCAUCUUGGGAAUUGAUGUUGCCACUGCUCACUCUUGUGGAAUUUGGGAAUGGAGUUCAAGCUUUGAUGUUACCCUUGUAUUUUUCAAAUACAUUGGUCUUGGAUUUGUUCAUGGUUUCAGCAAGAGAGGUGGAUUUGUUACUAUUCAAGAACACCAAAUCUCCAUUGAUGUAAUUGUUCAAGCUAUUGAAUACGUUCUUAUCUACAACCACCCACUUCCAAACCCAGACAACUUUGACCAAGUCUGUAAGAUCUUGGGUAUUGAUGCCGAACUUGCUGCUGAAAUCAACAUCACCUACACCACUGUUACCGUUGAUUUUGUUGCUAUCUUGGCUAAGCUUGUUCUUAUUGGACAUGAAGUUGUUGACAUUGCUGAAAAAGUCAUCACUGUUACCAUUGCUGGUGUUGUAUUCAAGGUAGAAUUGCUCAUUAAAGCUAUUGAGUACAUUAUUCUUGAACACCACCACCUUCCAAGCCAUGACAACUUCCUCGGCUUGAUUGGUAUCUUGGGUAUUGAUAUCGAUACUGCUCAUGCUUGUGGUAUUUACGAAUAUAGCUCAAGUUUCAGUGUUGUUGCUACUUUCACCAAAUACAUCGGUUUAGGUGUAUUCCAAGGCGUUUCCUUUUAA